GGCUCAAACCGGCCGGACCCCGAUCAAACCAUUAAACCUCAAAUCCCUUACUUGACCGGCUCAAUGACUUAAACCGGUUUGACAACCUUUAUCGUCCGUUUCUCCUCCUUUCUCCCAGAUUCUCACCACCGUCCGAUCAAUAAGUUGAGAAAACUGCUCGUCAUAAAAUCAGCGCAGAAAGAAAACGUGAGCCCCACCUGGGCUAGGGACUUCCGUUAAGUACGUUCCAAACCGGUCCAGAAUUGAAACCCAAGUUGUAUCAUAAUUUGAUUCGGGAUAAAAUAUACUCAGUUCGGUUUAGUUAAUUGAAUUCCGAUUUGGUCCGUUUAAUUGAUCUAGCUAGUGAGUUGGGUUCAAAAUUAUCUCACAAAUGUACAAUGAAAACCUAAACAAAUUACACCAAUCCAUUCUGGUUUUGGUUUGAAUAUCGAUUCGAUUACUUGACAUGAACGACAACCAGAAAGAAACCAAAAAAAUUGACAACAGACCGAAUGGGUCGCCAACCAUCAACCGACCCAUGGUUGAUUGUCGUUUUCCUCUGACCAGUUGCUGUAACCGUUUCAUUUCCGUACUCCUUCUCUAUAUAACUCCACUACCUCUCCUUCCCCAACCCUCCUCAGUCUUGCUCCUGCAAGCAACAACAAAACCAAAACCAAAACCAAAAAAAAAAAAAAAUGUGCGGUGGUGCGAUUAUUUCCGGUUACGUCGACGAGAAGAGGGGUCGGCGGUUGAAGGCCAAGGAGCUCUGGUCGGAGCUCGACACACUCUCCGACUUCCUCGGCUUUGGCUUCCCCGGCGGCAACAAAGAUAUUAAACCCAUUAAUCAUCCAGGCGCUGCGGCGGAUGAUGAGGUAAAGAGUAGCAACGGGGCGAAUCGUUACAAUAACGAUGAUAAAAGAGCCCGGCGGCAGAUCAGAGGUCGGAAGAACGUGUACAGAGGGAUAAGGCAGCGGCCGUGGGGGAAAUGGGCGGCGGAGAUCAGGGAUCCGUACAAGGGCGUCAGAGUCUGGCUGGGAACCUACAACACCGCGGAGGAAGCCGCUCUGGCUUACGACGGCGCCGCCAAGCGGAUCCGCGGCGACAAGGCCAAGCUCAAUUUCCCGGACAUCUCCGCCGCCUUUCAAUUCCCUCCGCCGCAGCCGGCUGGCCAAGGGGAACAAGAAGAUCAACAACAACAAGGAGCAGCCCCGGUUUCAUCCUCUCCUGCUCCCGAAACCCAGCCGCCGGCCAAGAAGCGGUGCAUCGCCGUCGGAUCCGAAACCGUCCUUCCUCCGCCGCAACAGGAGGCGCAGUCGUUUCUGGGAUACGGGCUGGAAGAGCAAAUCUCGAGCCUGGAAUCGUUCCUGGGGCUGGAGCCGGAAGCAGGGGAGGGGAUCCCGGCUGUCAUCGGAGGCGGUGGUGAAGCGGCGGAGGGUCUUUGGAUGCUGGAUGACUUGGUGAACCAGUGCCAGUACCAGUACCAGCAGCAGCUGCUCCUGCCACGUCAGGUGGCUUACUGAAAGAGAAAAGAGAUAGACAGAGACGGGGAGAUUUGCAGAAGAAAUAAAAACAGGGGAAGAGAUUAAGUUGAUGACGCAAUUACCAAUUAUGAGCUACUGGUUAAGGCCGGUGGCGUUUCAGUUUAUAUGUAUUAAUUAAGGGUACUCUAAACUAAAUACUUCCCGCUUAAUUUUCUCUUUGAGUUUGGGGGGCAAUCUGGCGCUGGUUUCAGUGGCCUGUUUGUUUAAAAAUAACAUUUAAUCAAGGUAUUUUGGGUAUAAGUUCAUACUUCAUUUUCCCCUUUAAACUGAACCUACAAACGAUAACAAAACUUUCGCGUAUUUGUUUAGUUCACACUAACACACACGUACCAUAUGGAAUUACAUGUUCGUAUAUUCUUUCGACCUGUAAAUGAAGUGAGUGGUUUUCAAAGUCAAUCCAUUAUGGUACCGACGUACCGUAUUCUUACGACCCAUUUAACUAUCGAGAAGGGAAGUAUAGUAACUAAUUAACUCGGCUUUUUGUG